CAUAAUCUAAAUAUCCAACCUCCAGUCAAGAGUAAACCUUUACGCUCCAACCCGAACUUUUACGAUGGGAAACCAAAAGUCCUCUCCAGUCUCCAACUAUCGCGAAACCCGCCGGGUUUCGUACGUUGUGAGCUCGAGAGGACGUAAAUCUAAAGCCGCGACUUUCUCGACCGAACUUUGUUCUUUGAACAUUGCUGAUGUGCGUGAAGAUACGACUUCGUCCGAAGCUAGCGUAGCAGCCACAAGUUCCACGCUUUCCGAACUUUUUGAAGACAAUGCCGAGUGUUCAGACGAGUCCGAAGAAGAAGAAGACGAAGAAUGGGAAGAACGCCUUCGUGUUUUAGAAGACUCUCGCAAACUUCGAUUGGUCGCCGAGUUCUUUAUGCACCCCGAAGCCAAAGUCCAGUCAGCCCAUUCCGUUACCCGCUGCUUCUUUGAUCGUCCCUCUGCUCCAGAGCGUGUUGCUCUGGAUGAUAUGGAAGAGCAGGCUCAAGUUAUGGAAGAGCUCAAGUUACUGAAGCAGUCGGCGCAGCACUUCAUGCAUCCCGAAAGAAUAUUGCCAAUCUCGGAAGACGAGCUCGAUCAGAUGGACGAGAUCUUCAAGGAUAUUCGCGCUCUUCAGAUCGCUGCGUCCGACUACUUGCAUCCAGAGCGUCCGCUACUUGUGGAUGCCUACGUGUGCGCUCGCAACUACUUCUCCCGUCCUUCGGAGCCGGAGUACGAGACGUUCGGAGCCGCAGAGGAGCGAGCCCGUAUCGUGGCGGAAGCCAGAGCUCUCAAGCGUCAGGCCGAGAUCUUUGCUCACCCCGAGAAGCCUAUCGAGACUGCGGAUGCGACCAUGUUUGGUCGCAACUACUUCGCGCGUUCCUCUGCUUCAGAACAAGAAGACGUGGAUGAGUGCGAAGAGCGCGCCCGUAUUUUGGCCGAGUGUGCUGGUCUCAAGCAUCCGUACGCCACUGCUCGGUGCUACUUUGACCGUGCGUCGGGUCCUGAGCAGAUCUCGGAAGACGAGCUCGAUCAGAUGGACGAGAUCUUCAAGGAUAUUCGCGCUCUUCAGAUCGCUGCGUCCGACUACUUGCAUCCAGAGCGUCCGCUACUUGUGGAUGCCUACGUGUGCGCUCGCAACUACUUCUCCCGUCCUUCGGAGCCGGAGUACGAGACGUUCGGAGCCGCAGAGGAGCGAGCCCGUAUCGUGGCGGAAGCCAGAGCUCUCAAGCAUCAGGCCGAGAUCUUUGCUCACCCCGAGAAGCCUAUCGAGACUGCGGAUGCGACCAUGUUUGGUCGCAACUACUUCGCGCGUUCCUCUGCUUCAGAACAAGAAGACGUGGAUGAAUGCGAAGAGCGCGCCCGUAUUUUGGCCGAGUGUGCUGGUCUCAAGCAGUCGGCGCAGCACUUCAUGCAUCCUGAGAUCGGUGUCAAACCUUCCUCGGGUGCGGUCAGUCGAAACUAUUUCGAUCGCCCUUCGGCUCCGGUGCAUGGAAAAAUGAUCCAUACGUUCCCUGCUCACGAGGAUGAAUUGGAUCACGACGAAGGACAUGAUCAUCUCGACCACUUCGGAAUGGACGAAGAGCUUGAACAUAUGUUCAACAACAUUCGUCAAGAUUUGUCCAUUCCCGAACCUGUCAACCGGAAAGGAAAGGCAUAUAGCGACGACGGCGAUGAGGGCAACUUAUCUCGAUCCCCUUCAUCUGUUAUGCUGUUUGCCGGCGAAUCUGUUUACGAUUGAAUUUCACAUCAAAUAUCCGUUUGCGGGCGGCUGAUGUCAGAUCAACAAUCACUCUGUCAUUUGUUCCUUUUUUGACGCAGCCGUCUGUACAUUACUUUACUUUACCUUUAACAUAAUAGCUACUUGAUCUUUUUUCUGAUUA